AUGACGAUCCGAGUCAAGAUGAGGAGGGCAGUGCCCAAGUCAGCGACGGUGGUACAUACUUGCAACGAGUGGGGGGGGGGGGGGAGGGAACUCACGGUGGCUGAUGGUACACUACUGCCGACUUCCACCACCUACCGCCUCGGUGCUGCGUCGAUGCGCUAG